CUGUGACUCAGGAGGGGACUGUGAGUGUCUCUGCACAGCCGUCGCUGCCUAUGCUGAGGAGUGUAACCGCCGAGGGGUCUACAUCCACUGGAGGUCCCAGGAUCUCUGUCCUCUUCAGUGUGAAGAUGGUCUGGUGUACAGUCCCUGUGGUCCAGCUUGCUUUCCCUCUUGUCCCACUGUUCAGCAGAGUCCACACUCCGAGUGUGACACCCUCUCCUGUGUGGAGGGUUGCUUCUGCCCUGCUGGCACUGUCCGGCAUGGAGACAGCUGUAUAGUUCCCACUGAGUGUCCUUGUGAGUGGGAAGGCUCUAUGUUUCCACCUGGAGCCACCAUCACUCAACACUGCCAAAACUGUUCCUGUGCAGAUGGUGUGUGGCAGUGUGAGGGUGUGGCCUGCCCUCCUCCCUCCCCUCCCUGUCUAGAAUCUGAAUUUAGCUGUGCUCACGGGCGCUGCAUCCCCUCUCAGUGGGUGUGCGACAACGAGGAUGACUGUGGUGAUGGUUCAGAUGAGCUCUGCCCAGCCACCUGCUCCCCAGACCAGUUUCGCUGUGCCAGCACACCAAGGUGAAGC